UUAUCUUGAACCUCAAUGCUGGGAACUAAUCUUGCAACACACUGAUAUAACCCACCCAAAACUUCUGCAUCAAAUCCAAUAGAUUUAAUCUUAUAAAAGAAUUCAGGGUUCAAAUAAUAUCCUGCUGCAUGUAAGGGACGAUGAAGUUGACAAUUCCAUCUUUCGUCAAUGAUUGUAAAAAUUUUCUCAUAUUUUUCUUCAUUUUCAUUAAAGGAUCUUUUAAUCGUCUCAUUUGCUCUAUCCAUAGCCUCAUAAAUAUAUCUCAUUGCAGGCUUAUUUUCAUUAUCCACCAACCGAAGAACUCGAACAAGAGGGCCCAUUACCUUUAAUAUAUAAACUACAUGAUUCCAAAAGGAUGACAUUAAGAUGAUAUCAGCAGCCCUCUUGCCUUUUGCUUCUUUUGCCCAUUUGCUUGUCACCCAUUUCUCAGAGGUAAACAUAUUUCUCAGAGUAUGUUUUUGACGAUGCACGCUCUGUAAUGUCAAGAAUGAAUUAGCAAAAAGGGUAACACCAUGUCUCACUAAUUCUUUAUUCCCUGUAAAUUCUCUCAUCAUAUUCAAAGCUCCAAUGUGAUUAUAAAGAAAUCCAACAACAAAAAUUGCCCUUUCUAAGGUUUUCUUGAUUUCUAAAAUCUUUCCAAUAUCUUCCAACAUUAAAUCAAUACAAUGUGCUGCACAUGGAGUCCAAUACAAGUGUUGUCUUUUUGAUUCAAGCAAUUUACCUGAGACAAAGGAUAACAAAAAUAAUAAGACUUAAGAGUUUAACACACUUAAUUGAAGAUAAAAUAAUUAACAAAAUCAAAAGAUGAAUAUUACCAGCUAAAACAUAGUUGCUUCCAUUGUCGGUUAUGAUUUGAACGAUAUUUUGUUCUCCAAUUUCUUCCACGAAGUUGUCAAGUAAAUCAUAUAUCUUGUCUUCAGAUUUUACAAAAGAUGAAGCAUCUAUUGACUUCACAAACAUAGUCCCUAAAGAACAAUUAACCAUAAAAUUAAUUAUACUCCUGCGCCUCCUGUCAGUCCAAACAUCUGACAUAAUAGAGCAACCAUGUGUUGCCCAUGAUUCUUUAUGACCCUUUAGUAAGUCAUUUGUAUAAUUCAACUCGUUUUGCAGCAAUGGAACUCGCAUCUCAUAAUAACUUGGAGGUUUUAAUCCUGCACCAUAUCUUCCAAUAGCUUCAAUCAUAUCCUUAAAACUGUCUAAACGAGUUGUACUAAGGGGAAGACCAGCCUGAUAGAAGAAGCGAGCAAUGUGCUGAAUUGUUCUUCCUCUUAUUUCUUUAUCACAAGCAUCACUUAUAUUUGUUUGUCUCAAUUUUGAGCCUCCUACUUGCCCUUGUUGUUUCUGGGAUCCUUGAAGCAUAUAUAGAUCCAUCGGUCCUUUUCUACCUUUCUUAGUACUCAUAACUUCUUUUCCCUUUUUGUCGUAUACUCUUUUUUCACUUGGGUUAAUACUCGUAGAAUAAUCUUCUUCAUCUCUGAUAUGUUCAACAUUGUCUUCUGGUAAAUUCCCAUAAGAUUCAUUCUUUUGUGUCUUCUUUUCAUUCAUAUAAUUCAGCAACUCUUCUUUUACCUCAGGUGGACAUUUUUUGCAAGCUGCUGCAUUCUUGAAAUUUCCUAUUAGAUGUUGUUUUGCACGAAAAAUACCACCUCUGGUAGUCUUAUCGCAGAAUAUGCAAGUCACUGCAUUUGGAUCUUUCGGAUCCUUCAAAUAAUUAUACUUCCAUGCAGGAUCUUUUUUUGAUACCAUUGGAGACUCUAUUGAGUUGCUUUCUGCACUUGCCAUUUAUGUUGAAACCUAACAAUAAUUUCAAAUAAAUAAAAAUUAAUAACAUUAAAAUUAAAAUAAUAUAUAAUUAAUCUAUUAACAAAAAAUUAAUCAUUUCAAAAUUCAAAUAAACUUAAUAUUAAGAGUAUACUAAGCCUGAUGGAGAAACGAGGAAGCAGCAGCGGCGAGCGGCGGCAGCAGCGGCGGCGAGCGGCGGCAGCAGCAGCAGCGGCGGCGAGCGGCGGCAGCAGCAGCGGCGAGCGGCGGCGGCGGCAGCAGCAGCAGCGGCGGCGAGCGACAGCGGGAAAGGGAGCGGAAGGCGCGAGCAGCGGGAGGCCUCGAGGGAGGCGCGAGCAGCGGGAAGGCUCGCGGGAGGGCUCGCAGGAGGCGAGAGGGCUCGCGGGAGGCGCGAGCAGCGGGAGGGCUCGCGGGAGGGCUCGCAGGAGGCGUGAGCAGCGACAGCGGGGAGCAGCGGCAGCGAGCGACGAGAUCGCGAUCGGGAUCGGGAUCGGGAUCGAGAGCGGCAGCGGCAGCAGAUCAUAUUUUAAAGCAAAUACUACCCCAUGGAAUGGAGGACAUGUUGCUCAUCUGAAUUUGACAGAAGACCAACUUCCUUAUAAGGAUGUCAUCGCAAAGAAAAAUCAGCCAAUAAUUCAAACUGUGGUGAAUAAAAUUGGAACCAUUACAAAUGAGUUUCGAGUGCCAACUUUUGAAGUUCUAGCAGGAAAAAGUGAUAUGGUCACUGAAGUAAAGCAGUAUGGUGUUACAUUUAAACUUGAUUAUAGCUUGGUCUAUUGGAACUCGAGACUUGAACAUGAACACAUUCGCUUGGUUUCAUUGUUCCAAAGAGGAGAGACAAUUUGUGAUAUGUUUGCUGGAAUAGGUCCUUUUUCCAUUCCAGCAGCACGAAAAGGUUGCCAUGUAUAUGCAAACGACUUAAAUCCUGAUAGUGUUCAUUAUCUACGGAUUAAUGCAAAUAUUAACAAGGUAGAGGAGCGUGUUUUUGCAUAUAACAUGGAUGCAAGAGCUUUCAUGCACCAUGUAAUGACAGUGCCCGAUUCUGAUGGUAUGCAAAAAACUGGAGAAGCUGUUUCAAAUGAAGAUCAUUACGACAAAUUAGCAACCGAUGAAAAAGAAGUUGUUACCCUAGAAAUGCUCAAUGCUGGAAAAGAUAAUCAAGAUUCUGUAAAAAAAAAAACUGCUGUUAAAAGACAGCUGGACAAGGCUAGCGAAGUGUUUCAGGGAAAUAGGAAUACCAACAAGAGAAUCAGAGGCUUCCAUUUAACAGUGGUUAGGCCAUGGGAGCAUGUUGACCAUGUAAUCAUGAAUCUUCCAGCUUCUGCUUUGGAUUUUUUAGAUGUCUUUAAGGGCCUUAUUCAAAGGGAACACUGGAGGGGGUCUUUACCUUGGAUACACUGCUAUUGCUUCAUUCGAUCAACUGAAACCAAAGAAUCAAUAUUAUCUAAAGCAGAGUCUCUUUUGAGUACUAAAAUAGCAGACCCAAUUUUCCAACGGGUCAGGGACGUUGCCCCCAACAAGGCUAUGUUCUGUUUAAGCUUCAAGCUACCAACAGAGACCUGUUGCCGAGAUGUUAAUAACGUUGGUGCUGAAUGAAAUAGCUUGAUAUGGAUAAAAUAACUAUAUAAUGAGUAAACUUUGCCGGAGAUGUAUCAGCGCCCAACGGAAGUUUGACGGUAUUGAACUAUAUACCAGCUUUAUAGUGUCGGAUGUAUCUUUGACUAUAACUAUGAUUGGAAAACCAUGAGUUCUAACCUAGACAAGAGGAUAUCGCUUAAACAUCUGAUUUAGCUUUAUUUUGUUUGAAUUGAGGAAGGAAAGUCUGACAUGAAAUGUUUCUGUGACUGUUGACAGGAGUAUAUCACUUAAACAUCUGAUUUAGCUUUA